GUCAGUUUUACGCUGUCACUUAGAUGGUGAUUAUAUUUUUGAAGAACUUUUAAUUUUAUAUAAUUUAUUUUAGUAGUUUUGAAGUACACGUUUACAAAGCACGAUGGGUAAGUUUCAAGCGUGCAUCGCAGUGGCCUGUGUUAUAACAGUUGCCAUAUUCUGUUGCAUGUGCUAUCUCAUGACCACUGUCGAUCCCCCGCCGUUGGAGCGGGACGCCACUCACGGUGACAAGACUGUGUAUUCAAAUGUGAUUUUCGAUAAUCCUCCGGCAUCGGUUGGCUAUGGCCUAGAGAGAGCUGACCUUAGAACUAUGGGAUAUCCUACAUACAGACCCACUCAGAUUUACCCAAAUAACAACUUCAAUGUUAUGUGGCAGUACACGCCACGAAAACUUGUGGAAAUGUGGCCGACAGGCACAGAUUAUGCCGAACAACCCGCCCGCACAGAGCCAACCCCUGAACUAAAAGUUUUAAAUAAAACAGAAGAAGUUGAUCGUGAAACAACCAUAACUUAUGCCGAUAUUAACAUGAACGAUACCCUAUCUCUUUUACCACUCAAAAGAUCUGUUAAAGAUGUAAGAAACCAUGGAAAUGAUCGAAAUUCUAUUAUUCUGAAGGUGCUCGCUAAUGAGAGCAACCAGAUUGUAAUUCAAAUCAAAAUAGGUUCCAAUGAUGAACAAGAGACCAAGAUUUCGGAAGACACGAACAAAGAAAGGAAAACUACAUUAAAUAUGUCAGUGAAAACGAAUAAUAGUGAUGAGCUUGAAAGAAGCGAACUUGCAAAUAAAACUGUAAUGAAUAUACUGAAGAACGAUUCUGUGAUUGUUCACAAAUAUGAUGAUAGGAUCAGUUCGUACAGCAGUGUGAAAACUACUACUGUCAAAGUAAAUGAAAAUGUUACUGUAGCUACCACAUUAGCUAAUCAGGAUAACUCCACUAAGAACUAUAAAAAUAGUACGAAAACCAGAAAUGUCACUAACACAAGUGCUAGAAACAUCAUAAAUAAUAUCAGCUUAACUACUAAAGAAGUCAAAAAUGAUACAAAUUACAAUAUAACAGUAAGCAAACAGGAUUUAAUAGCGAACAUAACGAAACUUCUAGAAAAUAUAACUGCAGUAACGGCUACCAAUAAAGUAAUCAUAUCUAAUACGUUACUUCAGAAAAUGAAACCUGUACAAAUCUCUAAACCAAGAACAAAUAGAACUGAAAAAGCCACUGUAAAUAAAGUGAAAAUUAGUACCAAUCUUACCACAGUUAAAACUACUGUCUCUUCAACGAAACAGACUACUAAAGCUACUUUACUUACAACUGCCAAAUACAUGAACGCUACUAAAGAUAAUUCGACAACUAGUAUUAGAUAAUUAUCUUCAUCAUCGUCCU